AUGGCCUUGCCGGAUCGUCACGAGAAAUCGAAAAUCUUCACGCUGAUAUACAACUUAUCGGGUGGUGCUAUCAAUUCUCAAGUCAUCAUAACGGUGAUUGCGGCACUGGGAGCGAUAGCAACAGGUACCAUACUCGGAUGGUCGUCACCGGCCCAGAGCAUGUUGGACGCCGACGAGUCACUGUUGCCGUUUGCUGUCACCGGAAAGGACACGCAGACAUUCAGCUCUGUGUUCGGCAUCGGCGCGGCCCUGGGAGCUCUUCCGGCAGGAUACGUGUCCAGGAUAUUCGGCCGGCCGGCCAGCAUGAUGCUGUUUGAAGGGUUCCUGUUGAUCGGCUGGGCCAUGCUGGUGUUGCCCACUUCCGUUUGGAUGCUGUCCGCCGGCCGAAUGAUGCAGGGCAUCGGGGUAGGAGCUCUGUGUGCCAUCAUACCAUCGUAUAUCGGCGAGAUAGCCGAGCCCCGGAUGAGAGGUCGUCUGGGAACAAUAUUCCAAUUAUUCAUAGUCAUCGGCAUACUGUAUUCGUAUACGUCGGGUGCAUUCUUAAAGUACGUGCCAUUUUGCGUCGCCUGCGCCUUUUGGGUGAUUUUACAUUUUAUCGGUGUCCUUUGCAUACCUGAAUCGCCGUACCAUCUGAUGAACAUCAACGAUCCCAACGGGGCGGCUGUUUCGCUGCAGAUACUUCGAGACUCAUCGGACACCACCGAAGAAUUGGCAUCCAUCAAGUUGUUCGUCGAAAAGCAACAAUCCCAAAGUUAUACGGUGUCGGAAGUGCUCUCGGACAAGGUGAAUCGCAAGGCCCUGAUGAUCAGUAUUGGGUGCAUGUUUUUUCAGCAAAUGAGUGGUAUAAACGUGGUGAUAUUUUACAUGACAGAUAUAUUUAAAUCGACCGGCAGCCACAUGAGUCCGAACACGUGCACCAUAAUCGUCGGUGUAGUACAGCUUCUCAUGACGGUCGUGUCUUUUACGAUCAUUGACAAAAGUGGCCGAAAGGCGUUACUCGUGCUGUCGGGGUUGCUGAUGGCAAACUGCUACAUGGGCUUGGGCGGAUUUUUUUUAAUAAAAACCCAUUAUCUAGAACUGGCUUCGAAACUCAAUUGGUUACCCUUAGUGUGCAUCGCUGUGUACAUAUCGGCGUUUUCCAUCGGUUACGGUCCCGUGCCUUGGAUACUGAUGGGCGAAAUAUAUUCGUCGGAGGUGAAACCGAUCGGGACGAGUCUGACCACCUGCACCAACUGGACGCUAGUGUUCGUGGUCACUUACGUGUCUACCGAGCUGACCCGGUGGCUGGACCAGGCGGGCUGCUUCCUGACAUUCAGCGCAUUUUGUUUGAUGGGUGCUGCAUUCGCCGCGUCCGUCGUGCCGGAAACGAAAAACAAGACGUUGGCAGAAAUACAGCUGAAACUCGUCGGCAAGUCUAAGGCCAUUCCUAUGGCAGUGGAUGUUGUGGAGCAGGUUCAAGCGACCACCACGUUUCCAUGA